AUGUUAAAAGUGAUACAGGCUCAUUUCAAUGACGUCGAUCUUGCCUUACACGCAUGCAAAUGGCGCUGGCAACCCGCUGGCCUGGGGAUAGACAUCAAACGGAAGCACGCUAAGAAGAACGCACGAAAAGAGCCUGCCUCACAGAAUGUCUACCUGAGGCUCCUCGUGAAGCUCUAUCGCUUUCUGGCCCGUCGUACAAAUGCAACUUUCAACAAAGUUAUUUUAAAACGACUUUGUAUGAGUCGUGUGAACAGACCACCUCUAGCCCUGUCUCGUUUGGUGCGUAAAAUGAAAACCAAGGGUGACUAUGCUGGAAAGAUUUGUGUUGUUGUUGGAACAGUUACUGACGAUCUGAGGUUGUACGAGGUGCCACCAUUGAAGGUGUGUGCCCUUCAUGUGACUGAGGGAGCCCGUGCAAGGAUUUUGAAGGCUGGUGGGGAAGUAAUCACCUUUGACCAGUUGGCAUUAAGGGCCCCAAAGGGGAACAACACUGUGCUGCUUCAAGGCCCAAGGAAGGCUCGUGAAAGUGUGAGGCACUUUGGCCUUGCUCCAGGUGUGCCUCACAGCACAACUAAGCCUUAUGUUCGUUCCAAAGGACGCAAAUUUGAGAGGGCUCGUGGCCGCAGAAAGAGCCGUGGCUACAAAGUGUAAAGAAAAUGAGGCUAAACGUGCAACAAUAAAUUUAUUGUUCAAAGGACA